ACCAGUGUGAACUGCGUUGCAAUGUGAACGCUUCCAAUAUAUUGGGAAACAGGUGUUUUCUUUCCUAGGGUAGCUUCUAAAAAGCAAAGGAAAGUAAAAAUGCCUUCACCACAUGUCCUCCAGCCAGUUCUUAAAAUGAAAGUGGACGAGCUGUUCCUGAAUUGGCUGAGUGAGGUGAGCACUCAGGUGAUGCUGAAAGACUGCCUGAGACGGAUAAAGAGUGGAGAGUGGAUCGACGCGGGCCUGAGCGAUGGAAGAGGCAGGAAGGUGUCGGCCUGCAGUGAGAACAACAACGUUUCGUCUCCAAAGAACCGGACGGAAAAAGCCUCCUCGCCUCGGAACGCCCCUUCGAGUCCCUCCUCAACCGCACUGCCCUCUGGGAACAGUGGACAGGCUCGAGCAGGGUCCAACUGCAGAGCACUGCGCCGAUCGGUCAGCAGCAAAAAGGCUCAGGUCAAGAAAGAGGAGCCAAUUACGCCAGCGUUAAGUGAAAGCAUUCCAAAGUUCUACUUCCCCCGAGGACGGCCAAAAGCCAAUCUCAACAUUGACACUCUCAUUUCCAGGAUUGAGAAAAUAUUUUCGCAAUUCCCCAAUGAAAGGGCGACCAUUGAGGACAUGGGGAAGGUUGCCAAGGCCUGUGAGUGUCCUCUCUAUUGGAAAGCCCCGUUGUUCUACUCCGCUGGAGGCGACAGGACGGGAUUCGUCUCCGUUCACAAGUUCAUCGCAAUGUGGAGGAAAACACUGCAAACCUGUCAUGAUGACGCAUCCAAAUUUGUUCACCUUUUGGCCAAGCCUGGCUGUAAUUACCUGGAACAAGAGGACUUUAUUCCAUUCCUGCAGGAUGUGGUAAACACACACACUGGUCUUGCGUUUCUGAAGGAGGCGUCUGAUUUUCACUCUCGCUACAUUACAACAGUUGUUCAGAGGAUAUUUUAUAACGUGAACAGGUCUUGGACAGGAAGAAUCACAUGUUCAGAACUCAGGAAAAGCAAUUUUCUGCAGAACGUGGCCCUCCUGGAGGAAGAAGACGAUGUCAACCAGCUAACAGACUAUUUCUCCUAUGAACAUUUCUACGUCAUCUACUGCAAGUUCUGGGAGCUGGACACAGACCAUGACCUCUACAUUGACCAGAGAGACCUUGCUCGGCACAAUGACCAAGCAAUUUCCCAAAAAAUGAUUGAAAGGAUAUUCUCAGGCACUGUAACCAGGGACAAGAGAGUGAGGAGGGAUGGGAGAAUGAGCUACGCGGAUUUUGUGUGGUUCCUCAUUUCUGAAGAGGACAAGAAGACCCCCACCAGCAUAGAGUACUGGUUUCGGUGCAUGGAUCUGGAUGGAGAUGGGAUCCUAUCUAUGUAUGAGCUGGAGUACUUCUACCAGGAGCAGUGCCAGAAGCUGGAGACCAUGGCCAUUGAACCCCUGCCCUUUGAGGACUGCCUCUGCCAAAUGCUGGACCUUGUCAAGCCUGAGAUCCCAGGAAAGAUCACACUUCAUGACUUGAAGAGGUGCAAGCUGUCCCACAUAUUUUUUGACACGUUCUUUAACAUUGAGAAGUACCUGGACCAUGAACAGAAGGAUCCAUUCUCCGUUGUGAGGGAGGGAGAGACAGAGGGCCAGGACAUCUCUGACUGGGAGAAGUACGCUGCAGAGGAGUAUGACAUCUUAGUGGCAGAGGAGACAGCCAACGAACAGUACAACGAUGGGUACGACAAUGCCAUUGACCCCAUAGAGCACCAGAUCUCCAAUGAGUUGAGCCUGCGUACAGAAAAGAGACACUUUUUUGAGAUCCCCAACCCCCACUGCAACCUGGACCUGGAUGAGUACGAGUACGAGGAUGACUUUGAAUGACGUCUGUCAUGGUGCUGUUAGAGUGACGGGCAGGCAGAGGGGAACCACAGAAUCACCAUUUCUCUGAGUAGUGACUGUAGGUGUAACUGUAGGCCAUUUGCACAGAACUAUGGGAACAGGAAAUGGUGUAGUAGCCAAAAUACUGUGGUUGUAAUAAGGUUGUUUCACGGGAGGACAGCACUGGUGUCGAUUCUUAUACCCUGUAUCAGUCAGUACAGUUGUGUAGCAAUGGAUCCCUUUAUUUUUACCGUCUUUAACAGUCCACAGACUUGCUUGUGGGGCACAAAUCCACUAGAAAUGCCAUUAGAAAAUUGUGAUUGGCCAGUAGAGAGGAAUGUUGUACCACUUGUACAUAGCAGCGCUUCUAGUAUUUAUUAUGGAAAUUGCUGUGUGUGAUUUUGGGGAAUAGAUGUGUACAGAAUGUGAUGAGGUCUUGGGGGUCACUGCACUGGAACUUAAUGCUUAGCCACUGAAAUACACUUGAAAUGUUGAAUGUGCACUAAGUAUAUAAGCAAUGUAUUUGUCAUUCAUAGAAUUGGCUAAUAUAACAUUCCAGAGAUAUUAACCAAACUAACAUACAGAAUGCAAUACCUUCGCAUAAUUUCAAAAGAGUAAGGGAUUAUUGUUUUAUAUAGAGGUAUAGCCAGGUGCCUGAAAAUGUCUCAUCUAUGCAUCUUUCCUUUUAACGGUAGAAUAUGUCUGUGCCUUGUAAAAUGCAAUAAUGUACUUCAGUCUCAGAGGUUCUCCUUUGUUUUGUACUGUAUCAUACUUUUAACGUGUGUUUCUUUUUUGUAGAG